AGUGACAUCAAUCAUAAUUGUCACUUCUGUCAGUGUCACUGUCUCACUCGUCUCGUUGUUGAUACUUUGAUAGUAACAUUCGUAGAUUUCCUAUUCUACAUAAAACCAAGCUAAGGAUGUUCAUAAAUUUACCAUAAAACACAUAAACAAUAUAUUUAAAAUGUCGUCUAAGCUACCGAAAGCGGCACUGAGUCUCAAGCAGUUUAUGUUGCGCCAAGAAGUUUUGAAGCUGUACAGGGAUAUCUUUAGAACACUAAGGCAUGUAUCUGACGAAUCGACGCGCCAAGAACUGAAGGAAUGGGCCAGGGCAGAUUUUAGGAACAACAAACAUCAUACUGACGAAGCGACUAUAAAAUCUAUGUUGUUUCACGGGAAAAAAUCGUUGCAAGAUCUAGAAAAAUCACUAGCUUUAAGUAGAUCAUGAAAAUAAAUUUAGAUUCUUAAAUUCUACAUUAGUUGGUACCAAAUGAAGUGACAACACCACAUAAUUUUUUUACAUAUAAAAUAAAGAGUUAGGUGUGUCAAAUAAAUAUAAUACUUCUAUUUAAACACUGUAUUUCAUUUAUCAUGAGAUUUAUUUUUCCAAUUUGUUCAUGAUUAUAACAUUGGAUCUGCAUUGCUACCCAGUUAUGGCAAUCUGUAUCUACAUCUACUGGCAUGUUUGACAUAACAAGGCAGAUAGGUUUACAAACAACCUUCAGGACAUUUUGUAAUCACAUUAAUGAUGUAAACAUUAAUAGUUUUGGAACUUAGAUAUGAUGAUACAGCUGGAUAAAUUAUUAUUACUAUAAAUGUAAAAGAAUUAAAAUUAUUUUUUUAAUUUUACACUAUCUACACUAUGUACAAUAAAUAAAUUGUGCUGUCCAGAAUUAUACAUAUAUAAUGACUAAUACAUUCUGUAAAAUUUGAAAUGAGAAUAUAUUUAUAUAUGUUCUCUGAUUGCUUCAUAUAUGUAAGCAGUGUCUUAUUCCUCUCACUCUCAACAGCUUAAAAACAUAGCAACUAAGGUGUACAGUCUUCAAUACUUAAUAUAACUACCACAUUUCACUUUUAAAACUAUAGUCUUAUAAUUAUAACUGACAGGUAAUGCAACUUGUUUGAACUAAACAAUUUGUAGUAAUUUUACUAAAAGUAUAAAUUGAUUAUAAACAAUUGCAGCUUAAUUCAAUUAUUCAAGGCUACACACAUCAGACUUGUCACAUUAAAAAUUAAACAAAUUCUAAUCAUUAUGCCAUGCAGACUUUGAAUCUAUUUA